AUGUCUGAGCCCCGACGGUCGACGAGGGCGCGCGCCCGCGAAGACGCCGCCCCGGCUGCCCCCGACACGCCCAACGACAAGCCCGCCAAAGCCGCCAAAGCCGCCCUGAAGCGCAAGCGGACCAGCCUCGCCGUCAAAGACGCGCCGCCCUCGACGCCCGUUGCUGAGGGCGCGCCGCUGCCCCCGCGACAGACGCUGCCCCUCCAGCUGGUCGACGGCGCGCCGCUGCCCACACUGCGCGAGCCACAGCCCCUCCACCUUCCAUCCAGCGAAUGGCAGACGAUCCAGCAGAGCCGCGUCCUCGAGACGUCCUUCGAGCGCUCCAAGGCUGUCUGGCUGUCUGGCGCCAACUUCCGCACCUUCCAUGCCCACUUCAACCAGCCCAAGAAGCUGGCCGACCGCACCGACGAGGACAAGGCCAAGACGGCGAGACAGAAGGAGCUGCUCAAGAACUUCCCCCAGGUCGGUGCCGACCGCGUGAGCGUGAAGCUCGUCAUAGAGCCGCACACGCUGCCUAUCCGCCUCUACGGCCCGCGCGAGGUGGGCAGACCAGCACAGAAAAAGCCUCCCGCGCCAUCGCCCUAUGCUCCCUGGCCAAACCACAGCCAGCCCAACCAACACACCAAAUACCAGGGUGGCCAGCCCAUACAGCAGAAGCCCCAGCCACGCCCACCCCAGCCCCCCAAACCUGUCCAGGCCGCGCCUCCGCCUCAGGCCCCCGCAGCCCCCGCCCCCGAUCCCGUCAUACACAUGCUCGCCGCGAGAGCAGGAACAGAUCCCGAGCUGAAGGCUGUCAUGAAGAUAGUCGCCGCUGGCUCGGCAAGCAAGGAGCAGCUCGAGUUCUUCCAGACACACAUCAACGAAUUGACGGCGAUUCUGGCCAGGCAGAAGGAGGAAAAAGCGCCCAAACCAACUCCGCCAACGCAACCCCCCAAACCUACGCCGCCGCCGCCGCCUCCAGCACCGAAACACACAGCUCCUCCUCCGCUUCCCCGCCCAGUCCAGCCAGUCCAGCAGCCUCUGCAGCCCAGCACGCCCAAGCCGUACAGUCCGGUCCCGCCACAGGGACAGACGCAGCAACCCUCGCCUACACAACAGCCAUAUCCACCCUAUCCGAACAACUUCAGCAAACCGCCGCAAUACCACCCGCCGCCGCAGCUAUCGACCUACAACCCACCCCCGAGGACGACAUAUCGCCCGUUGGUCUUCAGUUUUGUCCAUGGCAGCGAAGACAAGUUUUACUUCCCUUCGUAUAGUUUCAUGGAAUGGCUUCCCAAUGGCACAGGCGCAAAGCUGUCCUUUCUCAUCACCAAGAUGAAGCCAAGGCCGGAUCCAGUCGUCAAACCUCCGUCUGCCUCUGCUCAAAACUUAAUGCCGACGCCGAUUCCGACUCUCGGUACUGCGACUAAUGCUAUGCCUGACGCACCCCCACCGAACGCCAUCAUACCAACACCCAGCCCCACAAACCCUGCUUUUGCGUCCACACAACCUGCCGCAUCAGCCCCCUCGGCAACCUUCGUGCCGCCUAAACCGCCCCAGCGAAUCGAAGAUUUCGACGAGAUGAAUGAGAUAGACAACAUUGAAUUCUACCAGCCAGUUACUGUCCUUCUACUAAUCGAGCACGAUGAAGGCGACGAAAUCGCAAGCGCCUUGCCGCGCUCGAUACGACCACCGCAUGUCGUGGAGAAAUACAUGAACGAGGUGUUUGAUAAGUGCAAAAGGGCAGAGGAGACAUAUCUAGCCUUCAGACUGCCCAAAGACGGCGAUGAGUUGCCAGAGAAGAGGAUUAGGAGCGGCGACGUGACGCCUGCGGUUGCAACGCCGACUCAGGACGUCGCCAUGGGAGGGAUGGGUGGGUCUGCCAGUAGUAUGGCAGAAAAGAAGAAAGCUGGACGGCCUAAGAAGAGUCUUAACGCUGGCCACAUAGCCCAAGGUUACCGCCCCUCAACCUACCGCUCCGUCUCUGGCAUCCCAAAAACUCACCUCGUAACCUGCGACUACCGGGGCUUCGGUCUCUCCACGCUCACACACUCCCCGCAUAUCCCCACUGAAAGCGGUCUAAUAGCCGACGCCUUAAGCCUGAUUUCAUACAUCACCUCGGACCUCUCUCAUUCAAGCACACGCAUCGUUCUCCUGGGCCAGAGCCUCGGCACCGCCGUAACAGCCGCCAGCGCGCUCUACUUCACCAAUUCCACCUCCGAGCACCUCCCAUUGGCCAUUACAUCCCCAUCUGUAACAUUCAAACCAUCCCGUAACUUUGAAGGUUUCGCCGGCAUCGUCCUAGUAGCCCCCUUCACCUCGCUCCCCCAACUCCUCAAGACCUACAAAAUCGGCGGCGUUCUCCCCAUCCUAAAACCACUGCAAGGCUACCCCAGGAUAGCAAACUAUCUAUCCACUCGCAUCGUCGACCACUGGCCCACCCUCACCCGCCUACGCGCCCUCAUCUCCACCGCCUCAGCCAACAAGUCCGGUUUCCACAUUACUCUCCUGCACGCACGAAACGACCAGGAUAUCACGUACUGGGAAUCUGAAGCGUUGUUCCAGCCACUGGCUACGCAAAUGUUGACGGAAGAAGGGGUUGUGGCGGAGGAGGAGAGGAGAACGAUUCAAGGGGCGAAUAGGGUCAAGAGGGGUGCUUUUGCGUAUAAGAAGGUCGAGGACGACAAGGGAGAUAGGAUGGUGGAGUUGGAGGUUGUGAGGUAUGGAGGGCAUAAUGAAGUGGUGGGGUGGACGCAGGUUAGUCUUGCGAUUAGGAGGGCGUUUGUGAGGAAGACGAUGAGGCCGGGGUUGGACGUUGAGUAG